UGAUCAGUGAUAUGAAGGCAUGAUAUUUCUGUUUUUUAACUAUAAACACAAGAAUCAAUCAGUUAAUCAAACAAUCAAAGAUUUUAGUACUGCACUUUUAAUAUAGUCAAAUGUAACACAAAAGGCUCCUGCAGAAUAGAGAAUAAAGGCUGACCUAAUGGGUACAAAUAUAAAUUCUGUAAUUCUAAAAACCAUAAAACAAAUAAAACAUUUAAACCAUUUGCUUUUAGUAUGAAAUCUGAAACCCAAAAGAUUAUACUAAAAUUGUAAUAAUACUACAGUUAUUUAUAUCAAAUUAAUAUGCAAUACAACAAACUAAGAAUAAACCAAGAGUUUAUAAGCAAAUAAAAUAAAGACACAUUUUCGACCGUUUAGGACAAGCCAGGCUAAAAUAAAAUCUUUUUUAUUUGCUUUUUAAAACUUUAAUAUUCAAAUCUUAGAAUCAGAAAAAACUUUAUUGCCAAGUACUGUUUCACACGUACGAAUAAUGUGCUUUGGUGGUAAGGUGCUACACAUAGACAAACAUACAGCUGACAUGAAUAAAUUUGGAAAUAUGUAGUUAAAAACAAAAAUAAGUUGUGUUGGAAUGUUAUGAGGGAAAUACAAAUACAAACUUUAAAAAUAUGCAAUAACAACAAGAUACAAUUAACUGAAUUAAUGCUCUAAAGUCUGUAGGACGUCCGAAUGUGAGGCCGUAAUAAAUUCAAGAAGUCUCACUGUGAGUUUUAGUUUCACCUUUAGGACUAAGCAGCAGUCUACUGACUUGAAGGACUGGAUGUUCUGCACAGUGUGUAAAAGAAGGCUCUAGAUGGCUCAGUGAUGUGUUCAACAUGUCGAUUAAAGUUUAUUUCUUCUAUUGACUUCGAUGAAAAGAGGGAUGACCAUUGUGCCUUCUCUAUGAAGCUGUUUCAAACUAUGGAUGACCAGUCAGGCUUCUUCAGAACAGGCUUCACCUGGACAGAAACGGAUGAGGUGAACCAAAGGUGCUCAGUGCCAUGUCCAAAUUGUAAAAAAACUUUUUGGCUGUCUGUUAACCUUCGUAAGAUUAUUGACAAGAGUGAAAUAAAAAUAAAGCUGUCUUUCACAACUGAGGGUAAAAAACAGGAAGACAAACAUGAAAACAAACCGGCAGUAGACAACUCAGACACAAACCAAUCUGCAGACAGGAAAUGUUGUAGAGUGAAGGUUUUCUAUAAGUCCACUGGUGAGACGUUUGGUGCUGAUAAAGAUGUAAUAAAACAACUAAAUUCGGACAAAUUUGUACAAUUGGAGGAAACGAAGCUGGGUGACUGUUGCAUCAUCAUUAUGUUCUGUCCAAUCACAUCCCGCGUUGGAUCAGAUGUGGAGUCAUCCAUGAAAGAUGCUACAGUCUCUUCAUCGGGCAAACCAGUCAUUUUGGUUCUGAUGCAUCACACCAGAGACGCUGAAUAUUCAACUGCAGGAACAAAGUGGUCUGAAGUGUAUGAAAAUGUUGUGCUUGAUGUUGAUGUUCUCUUCCAUGAGACCCAACGAGGACUAUUGAAAUGUAGACGAAAUUAUGAUGCUUUCAAGAUUAUUCAGAAUGAGUUGAGCAAACGUUCAAAAUAAUGGGCGUAACAACACACCGAAAUCAUUGUUCUUUAGUUUUAAAUCACAGUUUGGUAUAUUUUUGGUUUGCUUUAGUCGAGAAAAACAUAAAAAGUAGCUACUGUAAAAAUUAUUUAUGGUUCGAUUUUAUUAUUAAUAAAGGAUAAGCAGGUGUAGCCACUGAGUGCAUGGAUGGAUGGAUGACACAAUAAAACCACUUGUCAUUUGUCAAUUGUUUUAUUAAGACUGUGCAGACAUUUGCAGAUAGAAAAGGAUUAAAUAGCUUUGCAGUGAAAUAUAUAUUUAUUUUUUAUAUUUUUAGACAAUCCUGCGUAAGGGAUGUACUUUAAUUCACCAUUAAAGUGCAGCUGAAGGGAAAUCCACUCUGAUCAAAGAGAUUGUCUCAACAGUACCAGUGUGCUUUUCAUGCCAUAUGCUGGGCAGCAUUAUCUACUGGUUGAAUGAUGAAGAAAGCUGGAUUCACCUGAAUUUUCUCCUGUGCCAGUUAUGCUUACAUUCAGCUUCAUGUUUCAGGAGAGAAAUUUAGUUAAGUCCAUAGCUAUGUACCUUAUUGCUGUUGGGGCAUAGGCUGACAUACAGUUUUGGUUCGGUCCAGCUUUCUUUCUCCACUGUAGAUGCCUGAGAAACAUUUAAUUGUGCUAUCUAACAUUGGAUUGCACGUAUAUAUAUUAUGUGUGUGAGAGCUUCUUAUUGUACAGUAUUAAUAUUUUUGUAACAGGCACUGUUUAAAACACUAAGCAUAUGUGUUUUUGUUUUCAUACAGAAUAAAUGGCUUCACUGAA